AUGUUUAAGAAAUAUGGUUCGUCCGUCAAUGUCUUCAUAUCCCUGUUGAUGCUUUGGAACCAUGGAGCCAUCGUGGCCGAUGCAAAGACGACCGUAAAAAUAGUUCCAGACUAUCCUGGCAAAUCAAGUUUCGGUAUCCACUGUGAAUCAGGCGACUACGACCUUGGGGGCCACAUUAUCGCGCAAGGGAGCUAUUACAGCUUCUCAUUCAAACCCAACAUAACGCCAUGGGGAUCGACGCUAUUUCACUAUGCACUGAACUGGGAGGGCAGAGGGCUCUCCUUUGAGAUUUACAACGGGGAUAGAGAUCUCAACAAUCGUUGCGAUGAACUCUGCCUGUGGAAGGUCCAGUUGGACGGUGUUACAGGGUACAAAGAGGGAGAGGACAACCCCGAUAUAUUCUUCCCUUGGACAAGAUGA